AUGACUGAAUCCCCAUCAAAACAAGCUCGAAGUGAUGUUUUCCUUCAACUUGCUCGUUGCUCAGAGAUUAAAUUAUUUUUUCUCGUAUUAAUAUUUCGUUUGCUUGUACUUAUGGGUAUGAUAUUUACUCAUGCCGUUCUACCAAAGAUUAUUGGUGUUGAACUCCUUUUUGAUACGAGUAUGUUGCUUCAUAAUGAUACAAGCAAUCAAUGGGUAUUUCUUGAUUUCCCACGAAACUGGGAUGUAGUACACUUUUCCCAUAUCUCAAAAUAUGGAUAUUCACAUGAAAAUGUUUGUGCAUUUUUCCCGUUUCUUCCGACAAUUCUUCGUAUUAUCUCAUGGGUGAGUAAGACUUUAUUACCAUCAUCUCUUACAGUUAUUCCUGUUUCUUUCUUAGCUGCAUUAUUAAAUAUCUUUUUAAAUGCUGCUGGGGCUGUUAUUCUUCGUCGUAUUACUCUCUUGACACUUGUUGGUCUUCCAACAAGAGAUGAGAAUAUAUCACUUCAUACAGGAACAUGGUUAGAUGAGGUUCCACCACCCCCACCAUCACGUUCAUCUAAAAAUACAGAAGAAGAUGGAAAAGCCAUAAUGUUAAGACGUUGGCGAGAAGUUGGAGCAUCUAUUUUGAUGUGGAUAUUAUCACCAGCUGGUGUUUUUACGGUAGUUCCUUAUACGGAGAGUCUCUUUUCACUCUUAACGUUUUUAGGUAUCUAUUUUCUUAUUAUUCCUUCCCCAGUUGGAAGAAAAGAAGCUUUGACGCAAGCUGCUCUUACAGAGGUUGGAGCUGUAAUAUGUUUUACUGUUGCGGGAUUUGUUCGUUCUAACGCGUUUAUUUGCAUGGGAUUCCUUAUUUACCCUAUAUUUCUACAAAUAUUCUUUUUUGAAAGAUACAAAAAACGAUUUCAUAUGCGGUAUGGAAACAAUGUAUUAAUUUCUCGUUGGCCAAGUUUCUUAAGAUGUAUAAUCGUUAUCGCUGAAAUGGGAAUCAUUCUUACACCGUACCUUGUAAUGAAUUACUUCUGUUUUAAUCGGUUUGUUCCCUUAUGGGAUAAUGCAUCAAAAUCGAUAAUUGGUAAUAGGUUCUGGGCUUUCUAUGGAACAAUGCAAAAGCGUUAUUGGAAUGUAGGGUUUCUUGCAUCAUAUACAUUAAAAAAUUUACCAAACGUUUUUAUUGCUUCCCCUCUGGUUUACUUCACUCUAAGAACUUUUGUGAAAUUGUAUUUAUGCGCAUCUCAGAAAAAAAUAAAAUCACCGACUUCUUUACCGUGUGCAGUAGAAGGAAAAAAUGGUAGAAUUUCUCACACGCAUAAUGUAAGAAGUUUUAUUUCUGUAUUGAAAAGUACUUUCCAUGUUCUUAUUCAAUCAUCCAAUAUUACAUGUCUUCUGUUUAUGAUUCUAUUUGGGACCACUAUGGUACAUGUGAAUGUGGUGAAUCGGUUUACGGUGUCUUAUCCCGCUCUUUAUUGGAUUUGGGCUCGACAGAUUGUGUGGGACCCAAUGGGCGGGCACACAGUCGUGAUGUUUCGCUUCUUCCUCACAUGGAUAUGUAUUGGGACGCUUUUCUUUCCCAACGGAAUGCCAUGGACAUAG